CUUGAAAAUACAUUAGAUUAUUUUUUUUGAAGAUUUUCAGUCGGAUUUGGAAUUUUAGUUGAAUUAUCGAGCAAUUGUAUUGUAAUUUAAUGGUUCUUUCGUGUUAAAAAAUAAUUGUGGAACGUUCAUCUCCGUAGAUCGCAUAAUCCUCAUUCAUCAUGUCGAAAAGAAGUGUAAGUCCAGAAGUUUCAGAAGAAAAUCAAGAAUCUAAACGUCUUUGUCAGGAUGAACAACCUAAAGGCGAAACUUCGAAAGGCGAUGAAAGUAUAACUUCAGUGGUCGAAGCUCAUUAUAACGAUUUGAAAGAGAAAGGACUCGACGAUCGUAACAAAAGCCGCAUCGUUUACUUGAGGAAUUUCAAUAACUGGAUUAAAAGCAUGUUAAUAAACGAAUACGUGAAAAAAUUCCGAUCUGAGAAGGACGAUAAUAGUGAAAUCAGUGUCCUAGAUAUGUGUUGCGGCAAAGGCGGCGAUCUUCUCAAAUGGAAAAAUAACAACGUGCAGCAUUUAGUUUGCGCCGAUUUAGCUCAAUUAUCCGUGGAAGAAUGUCAGAGAAGAUUUGAAGAAAUGAAACAUCGAAAUUCGUACUCGAAUAAUAAUAAAUCGUACACCGCCGAAUUCAUCACAGCUGACUGUACUCAGGUUCGUCUGAAAGAGAAAUUCCAAAAUCCCGAUCUGCUUUUGGAUAUGGUCAGCUGUCAGUUCGCGUUUCAUUACAGCUUUGAAAGCUUACCGCAGGCUGAGUGUAUGAUAAGGAAUGCUGCCGAAAGCCUCAGACCUGGUGGUUUUUUCAUCGGGACCAUUCCAGAUGCUAAUGAUAUUGUAGCAAGGCUCAAGAAAUCAGAUAGCUCGUCUUUUGGUAAUGAAGUAUUUAGCAUAAAAUUCGAUUCCGAAGAUAAAGAAUCGUUCGCUUUAUUUGGAGCCAAAUACGAAUUUUUCUUGGAAGGAGUUGUCAAUUGUCCUGAAUUUUUAGUUCAUUUUCCUACGUUAAUCAAGUUAGCUAGUAAUUUCGGUUUGAAACUCGUUGCCAAAGAAAGAUUUCAAGAUUAUUUCGAAAGAAUGAAAGAAGAAGGUCGUGGUUUGAUGGGACGUAUGCAGACUCUUGAAACUUAUCCUCCUUUUGAAAAAACCGACCUGCUUGGUAAACAAGAAGAAUACCAACAUGCUGAUAAAUAUUUACAAGAACAUACUACUACAGCUCGUGUCGGUACUUUAACACAAUCUGAAUGGGAAGCUCUCACUUUAUAUUUGGUUUUUGCGUUCCAAAAAGAAGCUUCUUGAAGGCGAACUGAUUGAACGAGCGAUGGUCGCGGUUACUUUUCUUAGAAAAUUCAAUGGAUUCGUAUCGAAGGCUGUGUAUUCAGUAUGACGAAGAAUGUGUUUAAGUUAUUUAAAAGUUAUUUAUAUGGAAUUAUUUUGCGAAUAAAGAAAUUAUGAAAA